AUGGCAUCCGCCAUUCCGGAACCAACCAACAAGUCCAUCAACGGAGACGGCGCUGUCUCGCCCUCUCCGGGAGGGAGGCACCCCUCCAUCUCACUCCAAGCUACUGCGACCCUGAACGCCCAGCUGCAGCGGGAGUCACCCUCCAGACGCUCAUCUGGUAGCCCUUUGUCUCCCAGCCGAGCUUCCCCCAUCAACGGCCGUCGUCUCUCUCAAGUCAUUACCAACUUGCAACUCGCAGACCCAUCAGUGCCAGCACCAGGAGAGAUGCUUUCCGACUCGCAAACCAACAGGCCAGGGAGUUUCCGAGCCAUGAGCCCCCACCGACUGUCCGUCACCGGAUCCCCUCGAUUGAUCGCCACUGGAGAGCCCCGUCACAACCGAGCACCAUCUCUUGGGGAAAUACACCAGGAGUUGGAGACUGAGCAGGAGUUCCAAGUCAAUAGGCUCCUUGGCGAAAUUCGCCGCCUCCAGGAACAGGUCGAUAGCUACAGGCGCCAGCAGUCUGGCUCUGCCGCCGGCAGCGAAGAUCCUGCCGAGCGAACCACGACCCCGAUUCCCACUUCGAUCCCGCAGGUCCCAGCCGGAGCUAGCUCCGGAUCCCUGCCGCGGUCCCCAGUCUUUGCUCAUCCGCGCAGCUCGUUCGACGUAGCUCGCGCCGAUCUACGUCGCCGGUCUAGAACCCCCAGUAGAGGAGCGUCGCCUAGGUUGCGGUCGACCUCGAUCAGUGGGGACAGCGGCGAACAGUGGCAUCUAGGCUGCCGUGACGAGAGUGCUUUCUACCAAGCCGAGACUCAAAUGUUGAUUCGUGAGAAUCAGAUGCUGAAGCACCGUAUCAAGGAGCUUGAGCGUCAGUUGACCGAUUCGACCGGAAGCAAUGCAUCCAUCACCCACGAGCCGUCUCAUCCUUCACAUCUCACCCACUCAACAUCUGUUUCUGAAGAGGAAUCGUCCAAGCCAGUCUAG